AUGUGGGGUAAUGUGCGUCACAUAAGAAGACAUAAACACUCUGAAAUCUGUUUCAUUCCAAAUCCAGGUCGUUUCUUCCAUUCACUCCAGGUUUUAUAUCAUUCUUCGGCUGAUGAUUCAUACAAAGAUGCAUUGCCCCGUGAAUGGUACGAAAAGAAGCUUCCGGUUCUCACGAAACUAACCCGUGCGUUGAAAGACGUCGAUUUAGUCGACGGGAAGCUCGAAGACACCAACGGCGUCAUCAUCUACGAUGAUCGGAUCAAACAGAAGAUGCAAGCUUUCAAGUCUCUGGCUAGAAUCUUCAUCGGUUCUCCUUCGAUUCAGCAGAAGCUCAAAGAACAGCAGCAACGCUUCAAGUUCCCAGCUUUUGCUACUGAAACCGAGAGAGAGCCAUUAGUGGUGAAUUCUUUGACCAAAGUUUGCAACUUUCUCGACAUCUCGGCGCAACAGCGGAAGGUAGUGAGAACCACAGUGUGUUCGCAGGUCACGCAGUAUCGUAUAUGGAGAGGUGCUCUUGACGAUAUUCUGAAUGGUCUCAAAGAAGAAGUUGAUUGGUUACUUGAACAUGGCGAGACGAGAGUUACGAGGCAAGGUUUGAAGUUGGGCGAGCAAGUGAUAUUGUCUUGCCUCAAGUACUUAUCUGAAUCAUCAGUUUCAUUUGAAGCAGAGAGCUCAACUUCAUGGAUGCGACCUGUGCCAGCUAGAAACGCAAAGGCAAACGCUUCUGCGAAAUGGGAAGAUGUUCUUGACAUGGUCAAUGACGUGAGAAGGUAUCUCGAACAUGACGAAGAAAGCACUGUGCUUUACCAUCUGGGAAAGCUUGUAUCGAUGAAAGAAGGGCUUCUACAGAUCAAAGACGUGUUUUUGGACAAUACUAUUGGAUUCAGAGAAGUUAGACAUCAAGAGCACCUUGUGUUUAGGAAGCUUUCGAAGAUGCUGGGAAGUCCUUCGCCGUGUUUGUUCACUCUCGUCAUGUAUUUCCUCUACGGCCGUGUGCGUGACAUCGAAGUUGAUCUCUGUGGAGGGUUUCACAAGGAGAAGAGCGAGUUCUUGUGCUUAACCAUGGGGAGGAUCUUGACCUCAACGGAUGAGAAGAUGUUGGAGAGAGGGAUCAAGCAGUUGGAUAGAGCCUUGGGGCUCUUUGAGUUUGUGUGGGAAACUGCAGGAAUGAAAGAAACUCUUAACCUGCAAGGGCAUUUAUGGUGCCUUGGCGCUGAAGAAAGAUCCAUCACAUACCGUGGGAAAACAUUCUUCCUGCAUGACCUUAGUCUAUGA